AUCCUUUCGUGCCGCAGCCUUCCCAAGGAUUCCCUGUCUCCAUUUCGGUGGGUGCCUGCGUGCCUUUCUCUUCUGGCCGCCGGAGGUGGGUCACUGCAGGUCCUGUAGCCAUGAAUCAAGCACGGGGACGUCGUAUGGGCUGUGCAGGUAAGAUUUAUACCGGACGUUAUGUGGGAGGCUGCAGUUUCUGCCAGAAGGAUUCAAAAAGGCCGUCCAGCCGGAGAAGCAUUCUGGGCCCUUCCUUUAUGCUUGUCAAGGCACACUCGGCCUCUGCCAUUUUGGAUGCAGCAGGAGCACCAUUGCGGCAGCACCACAGGUCACCCACAGAGGUAAGCAGCCCUCAGGUUGGGGACCAGGAUCUCCCCACGCUGGUCCAUGGGGGGAUUGCGGGGCUUCGGUUCCAUUAG